AUCAUGGACGUAAUCACAGAUUCCCAAUUUUUCCCUCCUGCAUUUUCCUGUACUCAUGAAUUAGAUUCAUAUGUAUCAUAAAAAAAAAGGAAUUUUUGAUGAACUUAUCUGAUAUCCAGUUAGGAGAGAAUUCAGAAUUUAGUUUCUUCUAAGCGCUCAUUGAGAGAGCAUUGGACGAUGCUUAGAGUGUGGAUGGCUUGCAAUUUUAUUUUUAAAAGUUAAAAAGCAGUUUCAAGAUCUAUUUAAUUUUGUUUCAAAUUAUUGGAAAACGUUUUCAAGCUGUGCGAAUCGUUUGAAAUUCUAAAGUAUGUUUUUGUUUGUUGCCAUGUUGUUAACCAGUGCCAAACGAUUUUAAAUCGUCGAUAGAAAUCGUUUGCUUUUGUUAUUUAGUAGCAGAUGGGAAGAAAGUUUGCAUCUGUCAACGUAUAAAAAUGGAUAUUUAGAAUUUGGUUCAAAUGGCUUAUAAAUGAAGCUGCUAUUCAGAACAGUUUUUCGAAAAUGGUUUUAAAACUUGAAUGAAUGUUUUUAUGAAGAAAAUAUCAUGCUAACGGAUAUGAAGUACUCUUAAGAAAUAAAAAAAAGAAACUUUCAAGAAAUUUUAAUAUAUUUUGGAUAUUGAUAUUUUUAAACAAAAAAAAAAAAAAAAUACUUUCCUUGAAAAAUAUGCAUUUUAGUGAUUCAGGAAUACUUUUUGUUAAGAGCUUAAAUACACAAGAGUGUACGCCAAUACCUUGGAAUAGAAUUUUUGAGAAAAUACUGAGAAUGAAGCAGUACUGAAUCAUAAAUGUGCUCGAAUUUUAACUGAGCGAUUAGUUUCAUUUUAGAAUAUCUUCAUACAUCAUAAUUACUUGAAGCAAGCGGUUCAUUAUUUAUUUAUCACAUUAUCAAAAAUGAUAAAGUUAUCUGUCUUCAUUUUAACAAUUACUUUCAUCUUUUAUGGAUUAUGCGCAAAACCUCUUCGUAAACAACGAAUCCGACGCAAUGCUUACAGAAAUGAAAGCAGGCUUUGGCCAAAAGCUGUUGUUCCUUAUACAAUCGAUGAUGAAUAUAGCAAACAAGAGCGGAGCGUGAUCGAAAAAGCGAUGAAGGACAUUCAAUCCAUUAGCUGCAUCCGAUUCAAGAAGCACAACACUGAGAAGGCUUUCGUUGAAAUAGUUCGAGGCAAAGGAUGCAGGGCUGUAGUGGGCUACAUCGGCAGACGAUCCAAGCUGACUCUGGGACACGGAUGCAUCUGGGUGGCGAGGGUUCUUCAUGAGCUGCUACAUGUGCUCGGCUUUUUCCACGAACAUACUAGACCAGACAGGGACGACUUCGUCACCAUAUUUGACGAUAAUAUAAAAACCGCGUCCAUCAACAACUUCCGUAAGAUGUCUGAGUCGAAAGUUACCACCUUUGGCCUUCCGUACGAUUUCAAAUCAGUCCUGCAUUAUCACGACAGGGAGUUUGCAAUCGACAGAACUAAAAAGACAAUCGAACCGAAAGUGCCAGUAGGGAAAGUAAUCAUUGGCAAAGCGGAAGAGCUCUCCAAAAUGGACAUUCUAAAACUGAACAAACUUUACCAUUGUCCGAAGAAAAAGCAUUACGAAUUUGAAGACGAAGGAUCGGGCCAAACAGAACUGGAAGACAAUUUCAUUGUUGUGUCCAUGUGACCAUUACUGGAAGUAUUUUUCGUCUGAUGUUUCCCUUUAUAUUCGUUACAGGAGCAUAGUUGUUCAGUUCUCGGAUUAUUGAAAGAUUUAAAAGGAUAAAUUUCACUGGUUGUUGUAAAAUGCAUUUUGAAACUUUUAAUUUACUUCUUGUUUUAAACGGGUUAUCUACUGGUCACGAAAAAUUCUUAUUUCCUUUUUGGUAACGAAUGUUUAUCACCAGAAUCAAAAAGUUUCUUAUUUAAUUUCGGUGAUGAACGUCAUGAAAAGGUUUCUUAUUUGAUUUUGGAGACGAAGGUCAUGAGAAAGUUUCUUAUUUGAUUUUGGUGACGAAGGUCAUGAAAAAGUUUCUUAUUUGACUUUGGUGACAAAGGUCAUGAAAAAGUUUCUUAUUUGAUUUUGGUGACAAAAGUCAUGGAAAAGUUUCUUAUUUGAUUUUGGUGACAAAGGCCAUGAAAAAGAUUCUUAUUUGAUUUUGGUGACGAAUGUCAUGAAAAAGUAUCUUAUUUUGGUGGUGAAUGUCAUAACAAAAUGUAUCUUAUUUAAUUUUGGUCACGAGUGUCAUGAAAUAGUAUCUCAUUUGAAUUUGGUAACGAAUGGCAUAAAAAAAAGUAUCUUAUUUGAUUUUGGAAACGAAUGCCAUGAAAAAGUAUCAUAUUUGAUUUUGUAAACGAAUGCCAUGAAAAAAGUAUCUUAUUUGAUUUUUGUACGAAUGACACAAACGGUCUACAUUCAUGGAUUUUGAGAGCUUCGUUUACGGUUAUGGACUUUUUCCCCUUAUCAGAAAGAAUUCUCUCAGAAUUCUUUAAUGAUGGUAAAGUUUCCAACUUUCUAGACAAAAUAUCCAUUUUUAAAAAUUGGAAAUUGCAUUUGAUUUCCUUUUGAUCUUAAAGCUCGUUUUUCAAUAAAUAAAGAUAUAUUUAUAUGUUUAUUAAAAUCACGCCAUGGUAAUGAGCUUUAAGAUGUCUCUUUCUGUAAGAAUAAAAAAAGUUUUAAGAAUAAGAUACUUUAGUAUUUAGUUGCUGAAUGUCAAAGGUAGAUUAUUUUAAUUGUAUAGAGUUUUUAUUUUUUAAAUGAAGAGUUUUAUGUUCUACUUAAAUGUGAAAACUGGAUGCUAAUAUUUUCUGUACAAUUUUGUAAAACAGCGUUGAAGAAUUUUUAGACCAAAUACUGGAGCAUUUGCUUAUGAUCAGAAAGAAAGAAGAUUUUAAAUUAUUUUCAAAUGUUCCUUUGUUUAUUAAAUUAAAAUUACUGUAAUUAUUUUUAAGGUGUAUUUAAUAAUUUAAAAAUUAUUUAACCACUACUCUACUCAAAUAAUAAAGAUUUUAAAAUCUUAUUAAAUUUUUAUACGUAUAUAUGAAUAAAUUUAUAUGCCUGUAUAGCAGGAAAAAAGGAAAAUGCACGAUUGCAAUAAAAAAAGAAAUAUCCAAUAGUCUGAUGUAUUCUGAUAAUGAUUAGAUGUGUGCCAAAACCGGUAAAAAGCUCAUAAUUAAAAUUUAAAAAAAUUAAAUAGUUAUCAAAGGACUAGCAAUUCAAAAAAAUCUUUCAUAUGCUUGUGUACUAGAUGCAAAAAAAAAAAAAAAAAAAAAACCCUAAAAACAGCCAAAACAACAACAACAACAAAAACCCCAGAACAAAUAAUAAUAAUAAUAAAUAAAUAAAAGAGAGCAGGCAUAAAAAGAAAAAGUGAGAAGGUCCAAAUGUCUCAAGCAGAAGAGCCUACAAAAUAUCCUCAGCAACAGUAUCAUUGAAAUAUAAUUAGUAAGUAAUAAAAUUUACCAAAAAUAGGCAUUUUAAAUUUUGAAAACAGCAAAAUAAGUGAAAAAUAAAAAAUAAAAUAAAAUAAAGCAAAGAGAAAAAUAUAAAUAAACAAAUGAAAGAAAAAUAAGUAAAUAAAUUAAAAAAAUAAAUAAACAGAAAAAAAAAUAUAUACAAUGGCUCAGUCUAAGGCAGAGUCCUUAACUAGAUAAAGAGUUCUUUUUGCAUUUUUUUUUCUUUUAACCCACAAGAUACUGUCCACUUUUAACAGUGCUUGGCUUUCUCUGUGCAUACUUUGAAAGGACCAGGCAAUGGUAGAGACACAUUUAAAGUUUUCAACUGUUAAAAAAACCCAUUAACACUUGAAGUAUCAAAAGGAAUGCAAAUGCUUUACCACAAGGUACAACAGCCAAAAAAUACUUUUUUUCCCUUAUAGUUAAAAAACAUAUGGAAUCCAAAAUAAGAAAAAUUCCCACUAUAGUAAAACACAUAAUUUUCUAUUUAAAACUGAGAUAGUCAUUGUGCAAUCGGUUCUUAUAAUAUUACCAUUAACUGGAUGGGGUAAACAUACAGUGCUGUAAGUCACUUCCUCUUUGUUUACCAAAUAUUAAUGUAUUGAAAAAGGUAAUGUAUUUUUUGGGAACAAAUCUGUUCUAAUAUUAUUAUUUUGUGGUUCUCUUAGAUACAAAAUUAAUAAAGCAUUGAAUUGAAUCCAUGCAUUGGUUACAAUUAUAAGCUAAAUUUAUUUCAAAAUUGAUUUACACUAUUAUAGCUUUAACGCAUUAUUAGAUGAAAUUUUAAGUGUUUUUCAGUAGAUUGCAAAUAUUUAUAUUUCGAAAUGUAAAGUUUAUAGAGGGUUCCAUGUUACAUUGCUAGUCCAGUUGUUGCUUUCUUUCUUAUCAGCAACACUUAAAGCAAGAGAAUUAAAUCACUGGAUAUUGAAAUGUUUCACCUUCAUGUAAUGGUGUUUAUCGAAUCCUCUAAUACCAUAUAAUAAUAACUGCCGCACUAUAAUUUGAAAAUAAGAGUAUGUUUAUAUGAAAUUUUGCAUUUAAAGAUAAUUACUGAAUUCAUUAGAAUAGCAAAAUAGUUAUUAUAUAGUUUUGUUUUGCACCUUGGAAAGUUUUUAAAGAACUGAGAUUAUAAUAGUUAUAAAUGAGUUCGGAUAAGUGAAAAAAUAAUUAUAUGAAAUUAUAACUUAAUAAUGAUAUUUCCGAUGUUUUACAUAAUUACGAACAUGUAUAUUAUAGAAUCAUAAAAUUUUCACUGUGUAAUUACAAUAAAUUUUUUUAUUGUACUGUUGUAAUACAAGUAUUUAACUAUUUUAUUAACGCUAUUCGGCUUCAUUUGGGGGAAAUUUGUAUAUGAUAUUUGAAUGAAAAGAAUUGUGUUAGUACGUGCUGGACACAAAUAUUACUUGCACAAUCCUGUUUUAAUUACUUAUUAUAAAUUUUGUAUUGUUUAUUAAAAUUGAAUUGUUUUUAUAGUUUAUUCUACUUCAUUUAAUAAAAUAAAACAAAAAUUCUU